AUGGCCUCCUCGACCAUUAGCAACCUCUCGUCCGCGUUUCUCCCGAGUCAACUCAGCAACUGGAGUCGAGUUCAAUCCAAGCCGAGUUGCACCCCGACCUUUAAACGCCCCAGUUUCGCGGCAAAAAUUCGCGCUUCUUCCACUGCCUUUGCCGAUACCAGGCCAACGGAUACUGUGGUGGUUGAAAAGGAUGUCGGUAGCAGCAAGAACAUCCUAGCCUGUCCCAUAUGUUACGAGCCCGUAACUUUGAUUGGUGCAAACGUCUUAUCUGUAGAAUCUGCUCGCGCAUCUAGUUUGCAGUGCAGCACCUGCAAGAAGACUUACUCUGGCAAGGAAACACAUCUUGAAUUAACGGUAGCUAGUGGGGCUAAGGAAUAUGAUGAUGCUAUGCCUAUGGCCACAGAAUUUUUCAGAACUCCAUUCAUAUCAUUCCUUUAUGAGAGAGGUUGGCGUCAAAAUUUUGUAUGGGGUGGUUUUCCAGGCCCAGAGAAAGAGUUUGAAAUGAUGAAGGAUUACCUCAAUCCAGUUUUAGGUGGCAAUAUUCUAGAUGCUAGUUGCGGUAGUGGUUUAUUUUCAAGACUGUUCGCCAAGAGUGGGCUGUUUUCUCUUGUUAUGGCUCUGGACUACUCAGAAAACAUGCUGCAACAGUGCUAUGAAUUCGUCAAGCAGGAGAGACUUUCCAAAAGAACUAUAUCUAAUUGGAACUUAAUAUUGGUCAGAGCUGAUAUAGCUAGACUUCCUUUCGUUUCUGGUUCUCUUGAUGCUGUCCAUGCUGGUGCUGCUAUACACUGUUGGCCUUCACCAUCAGCGGCUGUAGCUGAAGUAAGUAGAGUAUUGAGACCUGGAGGAGUGUUUGUCGGUACCACCUACAUACUUGAUGGGCCUUUCAGUUUCAUCCCAUUUUUGAAGCCUAUAAGCCAGAGACUCACACAAGUAUCUGGCAGCAACUUCUUCCUAUCUGAACGUGAACUAGAAGACGUCUGUAGAGCCUGUGGACUAGUUGAUUUUACAUGUACAAGAAAUAGGCAAUUUGUGAUGUUUUCUGCAACAAAACCCAGCUAA